UGACCGGGUGGUCGCGCCGUGACGUCAGGGUGUUUCCCGGUGACGUCGCGGCGGCUCAUGCGCAGUGGCCGGCGGCGGCGAUUCUGGGUGACAUCACGGGCCGGGCGUGACGUGCCGGUGGCGCGGGCCGCUGGGAGCUGGCCGGGAUCUGUGCUGGCCCCCCUCCCCCUCCCACUACGGGUCGCGGCUGGGGGCGUCCCGGCGGCGGGGACGCGGCUCCCCCCUCCCCCUCCCUCGCCCCAGCGCUUCGAUCCAAGAUGGCGGCGCUGAGCAGCGGCAGCAGCGCGGAGGGGGCCUCCCUCUUCAACGGGGACAUGGAGCCCGAGCCGCCGCCGCCCGGACUCGGCGCCUGCUACGCGGCGGGCGGCGGCAGCGGCGACCCGGCCAUCCCGGAGGAGGUGUGGAAUAUCAAGCAGAUGAUUAAAUUAACACAAGAACAUAUAGAGGCACUGCUAGACAAGUUUGGAGGAGAGCAUAACCCACCAUCGAUAUACUUAGAGGCCUAUGAAGAGUACACCAGCAAACUAGAUGCUCUACAACAGAGAGAACAGCAGUUAUUGGAAUCCAUGGGGAAUGGAACUGAUUUCUCUGUCUCCAGUUCGGCUUCAACAGACACAGUUGCAUCAUCUUCCUCCUCUAGCCUCUCCGUAGCACCUUCAUCCCUUUCAGUUUAUCAAAACCCUACUGAUAUGUCACGGAAUAACCCUAAGUCUCCACAGAAGCCUAUUGUUAGAGUCUUCCUACCAAACAAGCAAAGGACUGUGGUUCCAGCAAGAUGUGGGGUGACAGUCCGAGACAGCCUGAAGAAAGCUCUGAUGAUGAGAGGUCUUAUUCCAGAAUGUUGUGCUGUUUACAGAAUACAAGAUGGAGAGAAGAAGCCAAUUGGCUGGGACACUGACAUAUCCUGGCUCACGGGAGAGGAGUUGCAUGUGGAAGUCCUGGAGAACGUGCCACUCACAACACACAAUUUUGUUCGAAAGACGUUCUUCACGUUAGCGUUCUGCGACUUUUGUCGAAAGCUGCUUUUCCAGGGAUUUCGGUGCCAGACAUGUGGCUAUAAAUUUCACCAGCGCUGUAGUACAGAAGUGCCACUGAUGUGUGUUAAUUAUGACCAACUCGAUUUGCUGUUUGUCUCCAAGUUCUUUGAACAUCACCCCAUACCACAGGAGGAGACCUCCUUAGGAGAGACCACCCCGGCAUCUGGAUCAUACUCCUCAUUGCCCCCCUCAGAUUCUGUUGGACCACCAAUUCUCCCUAGUCCUUCUCCUUCAAAAUCCAUUCCAAUCCCACAGCCCUUCCGACCAGCAGAUGAAGACCAUCGGAAUCAAUUUGGGCAACGCGACCGGUCCUCUUCAGCCCCCAAUGUUCACAUCAAUACAAUUGAGCCAGUCAAUAUUGAUGACUUGAUUAGAGACCAGGGUUUACGAGGAGAGGGAGGUUCAACUGCAGGUUUGUCUGCAACCCCUCCUGCCUCUUUGCCUGGGUCACUUACCAAUGUGAAAGCGUUACAGAAAUCACCAGGACCCCAACGAGAGAGGAAGUCAUCCUCAUCCUCAGAAGACAGAAAUAGAAUGAAAACCCUUGGUCGACGGGAUUCAAGUGAUGAUUGGGAGAUACCAGAUGGACAGAUCACAGUUGGACAAAGGAUAGGGUCUGGAUCAUUUGGAACGGUCUACAAAGGAAAGUGGCAUGGUGAUGUGGCAGUGAAAAUGUUGAAUGUUACGGCACCUACACCUCAACAGUUACAGGCUUUCAAAAACGAAGUAGGAGUGCUCAGGAAAACACGACACGUGAAUAUCCUGCUUUUCAUGGGUUACUCAACAAAGCCCCAGUUGGCUAUUGUUACACAAUGGUGUGAGGGGUCCAGCUUAUAUCACCAUCUACACAUCAUUGAGACCAAAUUUGAAAUGAUCAAACUAAUUGAUAUUGCACGACAGACUGCACAAGGCAUGGAUUAUUUGCAUGCCAAGUCAAUCAUCCACAGAGACCUCAAGAGUAAUAAUAUUUUUCUUCAUGAAGACCUCACAGUUAAAAUAGGUGACUUUGGUCUAGCUACAGUGAAAUCACGAUGGAGUGGAUCCCAUCAGUUUGAACAAUUGUCUGGAUCUAUUCUAUGGAUGGCACCAGAAGUUAUUAGGAUGCAAGAUAAAAACCCAUAUAGCUUUCAGUCGGAUGUGUAUGCAUUUGGGAUUGUUCUGUAUGAAUUGAUGACUGGGCAGUUACCAUACUCAAACAUCAACAACAGGGACCAGAUAAUAUUUAUGGUGGGACGAGGAUACCUCUCUCCAGAUCUCAGCAAAGUACGGAGCAACUGUCCAAAAGCUAUGAAGAGACUAAUGGCAGAAUGUUUAAAAAAGAAAAGAGAUGAGAGACCCCUUUUUCCACAGAUUCUUGCCUCCAUUGAGCUUCUGGCCCGGUCAUUGCCAAAAAUUCACCGCAGUGCAUCUGAGCCCUCAUUAAACCGGGCUGGCUUCCAGACAGAGGAUUUUAGUCUAUAUGCUUGUGCUUCUCCAAAAACACCCAUCCAAGCAGGGGGAUACGGAGAAUUUGCAGCGUUCAAGUAGCCACAGCACCAUGGCAGCACCCACUCUGUUAUUUAAGUCUUGUGUUCCUACAGUUUCUUAACAUCAAAACUCUAUUCUGCUCCUCAACACCUAAUGUAAUUUAGAAAAGAUAUCCAUAAGCUUAAAAGUGGAGCAGAAUGGAACUGCCAGUCCAACACAAUGGGGAAAAAAGUACCUUUUUAGGAACCAGAAUACUCUGCUGCCAGUGUUUCUCCUUCAACACAAAACACCACGUGCAUUCGGAGACCCAGAGUGGCUGCCUGUGCCCUUGGCAUCAUUCCCAGGAGAGAGGAGAGGGCACUCGUGGUUUGACUUUGGUGCUCAGGCAUGAGGGGAUGGAACUGCUGCUGCAACUUAGGAGACUUGCUUUGGAUGGUCUGCCGGUCGGCUUUCUCCCUCUAACAACGUAUCAUCAGAGGCUGAAUAUCUGAUGAGUGCUAAUUAAAAGAAUCAUCCUCCAUUCUGCUCUUUUUUUCCUGAUGUGCUCACUGAUUUAUGGACAAUGCAGUAUCCCCUUUUCAUUGUAUUGCAAUGUCAAACACCAAAAUCUGUCUAUAUUAUUGGUUUUUAUUCGGGUAAAAUUAAAAUUAUGGGGUGAUGGAGCUGGAGAAGAUGUUAUUCUAAAGUCAAAGAGGUUAAUCUAAAGGAAAAGGGGAUGCUGCUGCACCUUUUUUCAGAUCUACUUUAUCACUUUUUCAAAAAAAAACAAAAAACAAAAAACAACCACCAACCUUAACCUUUUUCUUUUCCAGUAUUUUCUUGGUGUGUGCAUAUAUGGCAUCUUUUAGAAGGAUUAGGUAAAUCCUUCUUUUGUUGGUCCAGCAACAAACUGAAGUUAACAAAAAUAUGUGGUGAGAUUGUCCUCUUCUUUUUUUCUUUUGUAUCAUCUGAUACAAUGUAUUUAUCAGAGAUGCUACUAUGGCAUCUGAAGUCUGUAGAAUUCCUGGUACAGACUGUGAAUGGUGUAUGUACCUACUUUAAAAGUUUUAUUUUAAAAGAGGGUGCAGGUUAAUGCCAGGUACCUUACCAAUAUGUAAUGUUUUCAUAAAUGGGGAAAAAAGUUCUCAGGUUGAAUUGAAUACAAAUACAAAACCCCCUAGAAUUAGACAUUCCAAAAUUAUGUUUUGGUACUUUUGAGAGCUUUUUUUAAAGGAUUUUUAUCCUGUUAACUAAACGUCCUCUGAUAAGUGUGUGUAUAAAUGUGGAGCAUCUUGUCCUAAUGGCAAGUUGUUGGAUUAAAACAAAACAAAACGGUACUUGCUGGAUCCACGCUGACUACUUCUCCUCUCAUUGCUUUCUUCCCUUUGAUCUCUUCCUCCUUUACGUUCGUCUUUCCCUUUUGUACACUUUGCAAACUAGGAUGAAGGGGGCGGUGUCUGCAUUCAAGUGCUUUAUUUUCCUGUCCUCCAGUCCUGGUUUCCAAAUGGUUGGUAGCUUUCUGACAAGUUACCCAGUCAGGGAAGAAAAAAAAAAAAAUCAAAGUUCUGCACAUUGUUUACCUCUAGUAGAAUAACUUGUGAUGUGAUCUGUUUGCAGAGGUCUCUGGUAUGUGGUAUUAAAUGUAAAUCAUUUGUACAGAGGCAAGUCAGACCACAUUAGAAAGAAAUUCAAGCUCAGACAGAAGUUUUCAGAAUUGAAUUCAUAUCUGCCCUUUACUAUUCCACGUGAGGCAGGAGGACUGACCUGCCCCUAGCUGAGAGGUUUUUGCCGGGGGGGGGGGGUAAAUAAAAUCGUGACAAAUAGAUGAAGGAGUUAAAUGUGCAUAAAUGUGGUGUUCCUACUAAACGUGUGUAUUGGGUGAAGACGCUGUCUUUCCCUCACUAGGAGAGUUGGACCAUUUCUGUCUGCAGGAGGUUGCUCCCGGGCUGAGGGAGAAAUGCACAUCGGUAGUGGAACGUGCUUGUAAAACCCUGGAGCUCUGCAGUGCUGCUGGUAGUCUGAUUUGUUUGUCAGUGAAUAUUUAUAGGGACCGGACUAAUCUGAAGUGGGAAUUAUAACUGAAAUACUGUGUAUUCAUAUUAAUUCUACAAACAUUAGCAAGACAGCAAUAGUGAAUGACUUAAUAGUCACUAUGAGAAUGAAGUGAUUCAUGUUGGUACAUGAGUAGAAUUGAUUUUGUGUACAGGAUGCAUUUAAAAAAAAAAAGAAAGCACAACUUUUUUCUUGUCUGCUAUGGGUCUUCAGAUGCUGUAAGGUUUUGUUUGUUUGUUUGUUUGUAUGUUUGUUUCUUCUUGAGAUUGACAAGAAUUUAAAUAGUAGCAAUAGCCACUUUCCAGUGUGGAGAAGCUAAUGAAGUGAGCAGCGGUGUGCAGACCAGUGAAAUAGUGCUCACUGCUGAUGAAGUGAUGGAACAUAGUAAUAAUCUAAGACAGAUACUGAACUGAGAUGGGAGGUGUCUAGGGACAACGUGGUCAGCAGGCAGGGGAGAAUAUUUACAAAUACAAACUCCGAGAGAGUGAAGUCACUCUUCAUUCCCCUUCCAACCCUCUCGUUGUUACACCCCGGGUAUGGGCUUUGGCCUAAAUUGUACAUGUAGGGCAUACUGGAAAUUAGUAUUCUUUCGAAGAAACUGUUGCCAGGGCAUGUACAUGUGGUUCAAGAGCGAUUUGUUUCACAGAGCUUGUUUAAAAACCCUAGUUUUGUUCCACAAGGUUAUGCUAGCAGAAAACUGUUCUGCUAAAAUACAACUGUUAGGAAUUUCAUUCUAUCUUUGCUUAAACAAACAUUUUUGUGAUGAUUCAUUACCCAUUAGUCUACAAUAUGCUUCUUGAGCCCAUAGGAAAAGCACAAGGAAAACUGCUAUCCUUGUCCAUGCAAAGCACUUUAUAAGUAACACGUGAUUUUUGUUUUGUUUUGUUUUGUUUUUUAACUGAGGUUUGUUUGUUUUGUUAUUUUGUUUCUCUGUUUUGUUUUUUUUCCCUGAGGAAUGUGCAAGUUGUUUGGCUGCUGUUUAGAGAAGUCCUUUCAGGAUGCAUUUCUACUGGCUUUCACAUUUGUUUGUCUCCCUCCAGCUAGCUGUAGUAAUGUGUGUUUGUCUUUGAAAGGUCCCACUUAAUCCUCAUGCAAAACUUUGGAGUAAAUUUGGUUUGUAAAUAAUUGAAUUUUUAAAAAUCUUUUCCUUUAGGAAUUACUCUGGAUGUCUUGCAUGCCUUCAGAAUCAGUCUUAACAGUGCCCUGUAGAUGUUUAGUGAAUGGGGAGAGGAGUAGACAAGCACUGAGUGCCCCAUAUAGAAUGAAGGAAGUAGACUGAAAUGAAAUGACAGCUACGUUCAUGUUGAUCACACCAAAUUUCUUAAGCUUCUCUAUGAUGUCCCAACCAUAUGUCCAUGCCAUAGCAUGGAACUGUUGGUACAUAUUUUGUUUGUGUGUGUGUGUUAGAACAUACUUCUAGACAGUCAUGUUGCUUUUAGCUCUGCAGUAUUUAAUAUCUAAUAAAAUAUUUUCAAAACUGCCACUAUAUAAUCUACACACACACACACACACACACACACACACACACACACACACACACACACACACACACACACACACACACACACACUCUUCUGCACCCCUCUUCUGCACCCUCCCCCUGCCCUUUCUUUUCCAUACAGAUAGAAGAGACCUGCAGAGUUAUCUGCUGCCACUUCCCCAUCAGUACAUGGUUAUUUCCUAUGGUGUAUUUGCUGGAACUGGAACAUCAUAGUGGAUCUUAAACCAAAUAGUAUGAAUGUAGAGGCCUGAUUAUUUUCAAAGUAAUUUCCACAUGAGUUAAAUCCUAAAUGGCCCCAGAUUCAGUUAGUUUAUUAGUCAUUUAUUUUUCAUUAAACUCACAUAGGUCAUUAAAUGAAUCCACUUCUGCUUUUUAUGCUUACCUAAAGCAUCUUUUCUUGUCCUUGAAUGCUUUAGCAGCUGAUGAUGAUGCAGACUAUUUGAGGCCAAAUACUACCAUCUUAUCAUAGCCUCUCAACAUCACGUAGAGUAAUCUGUGCUCAUGAGAGGCAGAAUUUGGCCUUUAUAACAAAAUGAACGAAAUGCUAACUGAUGAUAAAUAUCAUGUCUUCCCACAAAUGCCCCAGUAGGGAAAAAAAACACACUGAAGGUCCUACGUAAAUAGGUUUGCUUCUGUGUUUGUAUGGUGAUCUAAAUGCAUUUUACAGAACAUUUGGGAAGCCAGAUCCGCAGACUUUACAAUGAAGUCCAAGUUGAAGUUUUGAUAACUGGAGGGGCUGAAUUUAGGGAAGAAGCAUGCAAACAUUUCACAUCCUUGCAGCCUAUAGAUUUCAUUCCCUUCUUGACUGUGAGUGUACCAUGUGUAGCACAAACUAUUCAUAGUACUGUAGACAACGUGUCUUCUAUCUGUUGAAAAAAUAUCACCAGUAGCAUAAUAUGACAGGCAAAGUUUCUAGGUACAGUCAAGUCCAGUUAAAAAUCAGUCGCAUAAAUGGACUAUUAUGGCAUCACUUUGAAGGUGCUGGGUGUUCUGUAGUUUUGUUACUCAUUUACAUAGAAGUUUAUCAAACUUUCCAUUUACUGCUGCCUUGUUAAUAUGCGUUUGCACUUCAUAUUUGUUUUGGCACACAUUAUAAAUAUCUUUUAAUUAAGCUCAUCAAAAGAACAGAGUAAAGCUGAAUUGUUAAAAUUUUUUGUUUGCCUUUAAGUUUCAAGGAUGCUAACACAGAAACUAGUGAAGUCAGCACCAUGACAGCAGUAAAUAAUUAUAAAAUUGUGGAAUGAGGAAGCUGUUUAAAAACUGCAGAAUAUGGAGAAUACCAAGAGUAAGUUGAAGUGAAAACUAGCACAUAUAUUUUAUUUAGAAAAGAAAGAUACCAAGACCUUCUAUUAAAUGGUUUACAUAGGGAUCCCCCAAAACAGUCUUUGUAGUUUGCCAAAUGAUCAUGUGCCUUCACAACUUAAAAGGACAACAGAAUGUAAGCCAGGUGCUUUAUAACUAGAGCAGUGGCUUUGGUUUACUUCUGAUGCAGUAGUUUUGUAUAUAGCUAUUACUUUAGAUUGGCAGUUUUGGAGAGGGUAAACAAAUGUAAAGGAUCAAGGAGCUCAAAGAGUAUUCCCCCAAAUACCUAUGAUCAUUUCAAAACCAGGAAUUGAAGGAUACCUAAUUCAGUUACAGUAAACCUGCUACAUGAAAUCUGCUCUAUUGAAAGUAAAAUGAUGUUCAUUUAACUUAAAAGUAAAUAAGCCUCCCUCCUCUCCCCCCCCCCAACACAAAGAUCUUGUUAAAGAAAUGUGAUGUAAAGCUGUGAAGAGUCCUGAAGCUGCACCAUUAGGGAAUGAGACAAGAUGAAAAACAAGAGCUAGUUUAGGAGAAAUUGAUGAUAUGUAGUCAAAAUCCACACCGUUCAGAGCAUAGAACUAAUUUCUUGAUCCAGAAGGUGCAGUUAGUUUUGUUUUAGGGAAUAUCAGCAGGUUUCCUUAGUUCUUUUUCAGGCCUCUUGCAAUUUCUCAACAAUGCAGGCUCCAGUUUAGUGAUCACAUAUUCUGUUAUUGCACAUUAACCUUGGGAGAUGAUAGGUAUCUUGUCAGGUGAGGGACAACAAAUAUGUUUGAAUUUGAUUUGUUCAAAUUUCAAACUGUUACGUAGGCUUCUGGCAGUACGUAAAUACUAGUGUCAUAUUUAACUUAUUUGUCCAUAAGGACAAAAGAAUGGUUUUUGAUGUUAGUGCUUUCUCAGAUCUUUUCCUUUUCUUCUUUGGGAUAAGACUUUGGACAUAAUUCUAAAUUACAAAAUUCUGUGUAAACGCACAGUUCAUGCAAAAUAUCAGAUUAAUUUUAAUUUGUCUUUGUUCCUUUUAUAAAUCAUAGUAUGAUUUUUAAAAGUGUUUUAACUAACAUUCCAGGACCUAUCUGGCAUCUUUUUACCUACCCCAAAUUCUGCACUAAACGUUCACCUAAGAUGAUGGCUGUGUUAUUUGAUUAAACUGAUAAAGAAACUAUUUCCCUAAUUUGCCAAGAGAAAGGGGGCUGAUGGGAGCAUUUAGAAACUUGUAAACUACCUAGGCAUUUGCUUUGUAGCAUCACAGCAGCAGUGUGUUCAACUCAUCCAGCCUCGUUAAGAGCCGGCAGUGGCCUGUCCAGUCAUUUUGUCUAGUUUGUUACCGCAUCUGCAGCAGCUGUACUUUAAGCCUUGUGUGACAUUUACUUUUGAGCAAGUAAAACACAAAAGCAAAAGAUUAUGUAUUCUUUUUGUUUGGGUUUGAAAAAUGGUUGAUUUUUGUUUUGGAUGAAUGUCAUUCUGUGUUGCAUUUGUGUAUUCACCCUCGUUGAAAAGAAAAUCUGUGUGUUUGGGAGUUUAAUGGAACGUUAGGAGAAGCAAUGAAGCCCACCAUCUGGGCACAGGUCUUGGGUCUAGGGGCAAAAUGGACCAAACAUAGGUGUUGGGUUAUUUGGGGAUGGUGGGGGGUUGUGAGGGCAUAAUUUAAAUUAACUCUGUCUAAAAUAAAAUGUAAGUGCAAUAAAUGUGCUUUUUUAUUCAAAGCUGUGAACCUUUAGAGGAAAAAAAACAAAAAACAGAAAAUAAAAAACAUGCACAUCAUUCCUUCAUGAGCCUUGUGUCCCUCCUGCCUCCCCUUCCUCCCCCCUCUCCACACAACUUCUCCUCAACUGGCAGAAACCUGACAGUGGUCAACUUGCAUGUUUUGGCUCUCCAAAUUACGCCAUUGCUUUUUUUUUCAAUCUCAUUUGGUGGGACUAAGGAAAGUCCUGCCACUCCUUGCCACCCUUGAAAUUCCUUUGGGAGCUAGUGCUGGGGCGUGCUCCAGUUGAAGCAAGGUCUGCCAGUCUUCUAGAUGAAAGAGCUAGACUGUGCGCUCUGUCAAUUGUCCUGAGCACAAGGACAGCGCUCCUUGCAGCCCCUUGGCUACACCGGCGUGCUCGGGUAGCAACUUCCCUCCGCACCUCCCUGUUUCAGUUCUAGCGAUGGUCUCCCAGGGCUGGAUGACCUUUUCAUUUAGCAAUUGCAGUGCUAAUCAGUCAUCAGCACCCUAAUUGGAUCCCUUUUUUCUAUGUCCAAACAUACAUGCAGACUGGCCACUGUUGCCUUCUGUGACUCUCCCUUGUUUUGAAGGAAUAGGUAUACAUGUUUGUAGUCUGUUGUGCAGUAGUUGCACUGUCUCUCUUUCUCACUUGAGAGCAUGCUGCUUUUCCUAGAUUAGGAAAGGUGCACCAGUCUCUUGGGGGGCUUUCCACAAAAGACUCAAUGCAUACGCUUCAUUAAAAAGUGAUGGAAGGUAUUGCACGCAGUAGUUGGACCCUGUGGGGGAAUGAGAGAGGACUGGCUUGUUUAAAGUAUAUAGAUAGUAUAUAAAUCUAUAUCCUUUGAACUUGACUUUUUAUAUAUAUAGUCAAGGCAAUGGCAUUACCUCAUAAUACAGAGGCUUGUUUAUGAAAGGCAAAGUAUCUAGUAAGGAGAGGAAAGGGAAAUUUCUGUACAGGUUCUGAUUUUUUUUUUGGUUUGUUUCUUAGUGCAAUGAAAUGUAUGUCCCACCAAUUUAAACUCUGUGCUAACACAACAUUCCUUUCAGCUGUAUUUUUUUAACCACCAGAGGUUUGCAAGAGGCUUAUGACUGCAAAGUAGAAGGUCCAGUCCAAUUACUUAAAAAAAAAAAAAAACCAAUUGUGUUAGUAGAUUUCCAUAGCUGCUUUUUAAAAUCUACAAUGGAGUAAUUGUUUUGAAACUUGUAUUUAUUUUUUAAUUCAUAACAAAAUGUUUAUUUUCAGUUUUCUGUUACAUAGGUCAUGGCAACUCCCCUCUUUCCUUGUCAAGUUUCCCCUUUAAUUGCCGAUACAACUUAUAUUUCUUGUUUGUUUCCCCCUGCCCUUUACUUUUGUUGUCCCUUCAUUUGUACUUUGGAGUUUUUCUCAUGUAAAUUUGUACAAUGGGAAAUAUUGUCCAGUUUGGUUAGAGAGCAUGGAGACUUAAAACAUUAAAAUUUGAUAGCUGAAUUCAGAUUGAAGAAAACUAUUUCUGUGUAAAGUUAUUUAAAGAACUCUGUAUUAUAUAAAAGGCAAAAAGUUCUAUGUACUUGAUGUGAAUAUGAGAAUACUGCGAUAAUAAAGAUUGACUGCAUGGAUAA